UCGCCUUAUAGACAAGGUGGAACCGUGGAAGUGGAAAGUUGGAAACCGAGGAGAAUAUGCGGUGAAUCCGAGAGGUGCAUAUAGUCUGGUGUACAAGCAUUACAUGUGGUUACAGUGAUUUACCUCCAAAACCCUGUAAAAAUCUCACCGAAUAACCGGCGAAACCUAAAACCCUAACCAUCUUAACCAAAACCUCUCUCUCUCUCUCUCCUCUUCCCGCCAUGUAUCGAGUAGCUGCAAGCGUAUUCUCUUCGAUCAGGUCGGCUACUUCGAAGAAACUGGUAUAUAGUAGAGUUCUCCUUAGCAGAAACUAUGCUGCGAAGGAGAUCAACUUUGGGAUUGGAGCUCGGGCGGCCAUGCUACAGGGUGUUGCUGAGCUUGCUGAAGCAGUAAAAGUUACAAUGGGGCCAAAGGGCCGUAAUGUGAUCAUCGAGAAAAGUCGUGGAGGUCCCAAGGUAACGAAGGAUGGUGUCACUGUUGCCAAAAGCAUCAAAUUCAAGGAAAAAGCUAAAAAUGUUGGUGCAGACCUUGUAAAGCAGGUUGCCAAAGCCACUAAUGCCACUGCAGGAGAUGGUACCACUUGUGCAACAGUCCUCACUCAGGCGAUACUUACUGAAGGCUGUAAGUCAGUGGCAGCUGGUUCAAAUGUAAUGGACCUGCGCCAUGGUAUUAAUAUGGCAGUAGAUGCUGUCAUAUCUCACUUGAAAAGCAGAGCAUUGAUGAUAUGCACACCAGAAGAAAUUGCCCAGGUGGCAACUAUCUCUGCAAAUGGUGAACGUGAUAUUGGGGAAUUGAUAGCCAGAGCGAUGGAGAAAGUUGGGAAGGAAGGUGCCAUCACUGUUGCUGAUGGAAAUACUUUGGAUAAUGAAUUGGAAGUUGUAGAAGGGAUGAAGCUAGCUAGGGGAUAUAUAUCUCCUUAUUUUAUUACUAACGAGAAGACUCAGAAAUGUGAAUUGGAAAAUCCUCUGAUUCUCAUUCAUGACAAGAAAAUUUCAGACAUGAACUCACUCGUGAGAAUAUUGGAGUUAGCUGUGAGGAAGAACAGAGCCCUUCUGGUUGUGGCUGAAGAUGUUGAAGGUGAUGCACUGGCAAUGCUUGUAUUAAACAAACACCGUGCUGGAGUUAAGGUUUGUGCCAUCAAAGCCCCUGGUUUUGGAGAAAACAGGAGAGCAAAUUUGGAGGAUCUUGCCAUUCUUACUGGAGGAGAGGUUAUCUCUGAAGAUUGUGGUUUGAGUCUUGAUAAAGUCCAAGUUGAAAUGCUUGGGACUGCUAAAAGGGUCACAAUAUCUAUUGAUGACACCAUUAUUCUACAUGGUGGUGGUGACAAGAAACUGAUUGAAGAAAGAUGUGAGCAGCUUAGGACAUCCAUAGAGAAAAGCACUGCCAUGUUUGACAAGGAGAAGGCACAGGAGAGGUUGUCAAAGUUAUCUGGAGGUGUUGCUGUUUUCAAGGUAGGAGGGGCUAGUGAGGCAGAGGUUGGAGAAAGAAAAGAUAGGGUUACGGAUGCAUUAAAUGCUACACGGGCAGCUGUUGAAGAGGGCAUUGUGCCAGGUGGAGGUGUGGCACUCUUGUAUGCUUCAAAAGCACUGGAGAACCUUGAAACUUCAAACAGUGACCAAAAACGGGGAAUCCAAAUAAUUCAGGAUGCAGUGAAGGCACCUACAUUCACAAUAGCUUCAAAUGCUGGUGUUGAUGGUUCGGUGGUUCUUGGCAAACUAUUGGAACAAGAAGAUUUUAAUCUGGGCUAUGACGCAGCUAGAGGUGAGUAUGUUGACAUGGUGAAGGCUGGAAUUAUAGAUCCUCUCAAGGUCGUCAGAACUGCCUUAGUGGAUGCUGCCAGUGUAUCUUUACUAUUGACAACAAGUGAGGCAGCAGUUGUGGACCAUCCAGAUGCAAGUAGCUCAGUGCCAAAUCGUAUGCCGGUAAUGGAUGAUAUGGAUUACUGAAGGGGGCCAGGCCAUGAAUCAAUUCAGGAUGUUAAGCUUGGGCAUUCUCUGGAAUCUUUUUUCCCCUUUUAACUGAUAGAAAAGAAAAGUUGGUCUCUUAAUUCAAGUGUAUUGGACUUUUAACAUCAUGAUAAAUCUGAGAAACAGAGAAGAGAACUGAAAGAGGAAGAAACAACAUUGGUUGCGAAAAAGCAUGAAUGCAAUAACAUCAAAAUUUUGUUUA